GAAGUGAAGUGUGUAUUACUGUAUGAGUGUAUGAAAGGUCUGGUUGUUUGCGAUUGUAUUCCCAUUAUUACUGCAUUUAAUAGUAUAGCCAUUGAAAGCAUUAUAGCAUUGAAUUGCGUCUAUUUGUCCAAACAUUCAUCUAAUUAUCACCACAUUUGGUCCACCAGUACAGCGAUCACUGGACUCACCGAGUGAUUUGGUGCUAAUAAAUGGUUAGUUUGCGAGUUGUGUUCAAUUGAAUGCAUAAGUGAUGUAUUGAUUGCAAUGAGUGUUGAAUGCAUUGAGUGAACAAUAGAAGGAAGCGAUGAUUCCCUAAACACUCACCACUUGUUGUCGAGCAAUCACUUCAUUUGAUCCGCAAUCCACUGCCAAGUCCUAUUGUCCACUCAAUUGACACUUGCAUUCAAGACACAGCAGCUAUAGGUUUCGCGACAACCAGUGCUGUCUUAAGAUGGCAUGUCUCAACACAUUGAAAGCGGAUAUCAAACGUCUGGAGAAGACAUUCCCUAAGACUCACGACAGGUUUCAAGUGAUAUCCGCGACCGUCGAUGAGAUAUCGUGUCGUUUCAUCGCAAACAACGGCAAGAAAUACGAAAUCCACGCAAAUAUUACAGAAACAUAUCCAUCGGUACCUCCCGUCUGGUUCUCCGAGUCGGAGGAACCCGUCAUCACAAAUGUGGUCCAAUCCCUGAGCAAUACAAACGGUGCAGACAAUCACCUCUUGAGACAAAUAAGGAUUUUAGUGGAGGAGUUGUGUCGCAUCUAUAACAUGCCAUUACUGCAAGACAUGGAAAAGUUGGAUCAGAUCCGGUUCUGCGACGGACGGGACAACCAGUCAAUCAUUUGCGAUGAACUCAUUGAUGAUAAGCACAUGUAUCCCACGUACCCAUCCGUGGAACAGCCCAUCAGCGAUGACGAGGACGACGACGACGAAGACAUGGCUGAGGAAGACCUGCACAUCGAGAUGGAGGACGAGAACCAGAACCAGGAGAAGAACAAAGACGAGGGACUGUCGACAGAACACACGGCAACACUGGAACGGUUGCGACAGAACCAAAGGGACGGUUACCUCAAGGGCUCGGUCUCGGGCUCCGUUCAGGCGACCGAUCGACUCAUGAAAGAGUUGAAAGAAGUCUAUCGGUCGGAGAGCUUCAAGAGAGGCGUCUUCACCGUCGACUUAGUGAACGACAGUCUCUACGAGUGGAACGUUAAGCUUCUGGUCGUGGAUCCCGACUCUCAACUGCACAAUGACUUACAGGUUCUCAAAGAAAAAGAGGGCAAAGACUUCAUUCUCCUCAACGUUCUCUUCAAAGAAGCCUUUCCUUUCGAACCGCCAUUUGUUCGGGUCGUCCACCCGUCCAUCACUGGGGGCUAUGUGUUGGGCGGCGGCGCCAUAUGUAUGGAACUGCUCACCAAACAGGGCUGGAGCAGCGCCUAUACGAUCGAAGCGAUUAUAUUACAAAUAUCCGCAACUCUUGUCAAAGGGAAGGCACGCAUUCAGUUCGGAGGCAAUAAAGGUCAGUACAGCUUAGCUCGAGCUCAACAGUCCUUCAAAUCUCUCGUACAAAUACACGAAAAGAAUGGUUGGUUCACACCUCCCAAAGAAGACGGUUAACAGAUAUUUGUCUUAAGAUUAUUUUUCUUGUAUAAUAGCAAUGUAUAUAACAAUUACUUAUUAAACAUAAAACAAACAAAACUGUGUCUCGAUUUAGCGUUAGAUGAAACGACCGAAAGCCUCAUAUAUUCCGAUCUAAUCGUCAAAACAAAUAUACCGUAUAUUUAAAAACAAUUGUAAAACAAGACAUAAACAUAAAUAGCAUAAAACAACAGUAUAUACUGUAUAAUAUGAUAUACGAUUUGAAUUGUAAUCAAGAAAUCAUUGAUUUUUUGUUUUGAUUCCAAAUAUUUCUAUUUUAAGCAAAUUUACUGUACAUUUGAACUCUAUAUUUGCCACAAAAUACUUUCAUUAUAUAUUUUCGUCGAAUUACAACAAAAACUGUUUCGUUUACUGUAAUUAUUUUUAAUUAUUAUAUUUAUCCAAUAUUUUAAACUCUCAUAGCAUUCCCGC